AUGAUGAUGAUGAUCUCUGAUCUCUCGUCUGAGCACGAGCACGAGGCCACUGGAUCCAGCUCCUAUGGCGGGGACAUGGCCAGCUACGCCCGGGCCCUCAGCCCUCUCUUCCUCGCACGGGCGGCCUCGGGCACCACCGUGCUGCCGCCGGCACCUCCACAGCAGCCGGAGGAGCCCAACAAGGCGGCGGGGACCAAGAGGAAGAGAAGCCAGCCCGGAAACCCAGACCCCGGCGCUGAGGUGAUCGCGCUGUCGCCGCGCACGCUGGUGGCGACGAACCGGUUCGUGUGCGAGAUCUGCAACAAGGGGUUCCAGCGGGACCAGAACCUGCAGCUGCACCGCCGGGGCCACAACCUCCCCUGGAAGCUCCGCCAGCGCAGCAGCCUCCCGUCAGGCUCCGGUUCCGGCGGCAGGCAGGGUGGUGAGGCGGCCGCGCCGGCGGCGCCGCGCAAGCGCGUGUACGUCUGCCCCGAGCCAACGUGCGUCCACCACGACCCGGCGAGAGCUCUGGGGGAUUUGACUGGGAUCAAGAAGCACUUCUCUCGGAAGCACGGGGAGAAGCGGUGGCGCUGCGAGCGCUGCGGGAAGCGCUACGCCGUGCAGUCGGACUGGAAGGCGCACGUCAAGGGGUGCGGCACGCGCGAGUAUCGCUGCGACUGCGGCAUCCUCUUCUCCAGGAAGGACAGCCUGCUCACGCACAGGGCCUUUUGUGAUGCCCUAGCAGAGGAGAGCGCAAGGCUUCUUGCAGCAGCAAACAACAGCAGCACUAUCACCACCACAACCAGCAGCAGCAACAAUGAUCUUCUCAGCACCAACAAUAUCACACCAUUAUUCCUCCCGUUCUCCAACUCUCCUCCUGUCGUUGCGCCCGCACAAAACCCUAACAAUACCCUCUUCUUCCUGCACCAAGAGCUGUCUCCCUUCCUGCAGCCGAGGAUGAUGAUGCAACAACCCUCGCCCUAUCUUGACCUCCAUAUGCAUGUAGACGCCAGCAUCACCACCACCACCAUCACCGGUGGUAGCGGCAUCCUCACCGACACGCCGGCGGUCAACUUUGGUCUCACUCUGGACGGCUCAGUGGCCACCGUCGGCCACCGGCGCCUCACUAGGGACUUCCUCGGCGUCGAUGGUGGCGGUCAUCAGGUGGAGGAGCUGCAGCUUCCACUGUGCGCCACAGCAGCUGCGGCCAGUCGCACCGCCAGCUGCGCCACCGACCUGACAGCAAAGCAGUACCUCGGCGGCCGGCUGCCGCCGGUCAAUGAGACGUGGAGCCACAACUUCUAG